AUGCACAAAAAUAAAUCUAAUGGCAACGUCUGUGCGGCCGCUAACCACGAGUGCAACAUCUACACAAAAAAACGCCCAGGGUGCAUGUGCUGGGUCUCGAUAGUAUCGGCGGCACAUUCGCUGUUCGAAACACCCGAGCCUCCGUCUGUGACCAUCCUCUGCCGCCGACCUUCCCUUCGCGAUGCAUAUCACGAUAAUAGAGAUAAUAUCUCACUCGAAGCUCGAUCGGGCGAGAUUAUCGAGCAUAGAGGAUAUGAAUGGGAAACCCUUGGCGACGGAAUCUGGUACUCCACUGCCGAAUCGGGAGGCAAUAGUGAUUCAGUCGAAAGAAGCAGUAUUACAGACCUCAUUGUGGCUGUCAAGGCGACGCAGACAACCUCUGCACUACAACAGCUGAAACAUCGCCUGACUCCUCAAUCUAAUAUUCUCUUCGUCCAAAACGGAUGUGGAAUGAUCGACGAGGUCAACGACCACCUAUUCCCCCAUCCCACCGAGCGCCCGAAUUAUAUGGUCGGCGUCAAUCGCAAGGUGUAA